UUCAGACUGAAUGGUCAUUGUUUCCCAGUGUGCUAGUGUUGGUGUGAACAUUAGAUGCUUACCUAAGUGUCAGACAGUUCAAUAGUAAUCUGUAGCUGUCGGUCGGAGCUGAAGGAGAAUGACUGGAGUUAAACUGACGGGUUAACAACUCUGGCCUUGGUUGCUAGGUGGCUAGGGUAGGGUUGCUUUGUUGCGGGGGAAAAAAAAUACAAAUAUUUUGAUUUAUCCUUUUCGCAAAACGGUUAUAUUACGGUACGUGAUUAUAACUUGAAUAUAUUCCAAAGCCAUCCUAAUGUCUACCUCACCACUGAUGAUGACAAACCCUGACAUGGUGCUGUGAGGUCUCAUACUGUGCUUUCUCUGCUUUCUGCAAGUGCUGACCCCAGAAAGAGACACCUUCAUGUGGACGUGGGAUGAUUGGUUGGCAGCAGAUGGUGCCCAGUGCGUGAGUGCAGUCCGUAUCCUGCUUCCUCUCAGCAUGCAGCUCCUGGUCGUUUUAGUAGCUCUCAUGGGGGUCCUGUACAGUGCGAGAGCAGCCGCCGUGCUUCCUGUAGAGGAGAGGAGCCCCAUCCAGGCGAACCGGGAGUUGAGUACAGAGCGUAAGCAGCUGAUUCUGAAGCUGGUAUCAGGCUUGCUGGACGGUGCAUCAGAUUCCAACAUGCUGCCAGGGGACGGGUCUCCCCUUGACCUGGAGGAGCCCCUGGAGUCUCGCCUGGAGGAGAGGGCUGUCUACAACCGGCUAUCACAGCUCCCACAGAGAGACCGCAAAGCCCCUUGUAAAAACUUCUUCUGGAAAACCUUCACCUCUUGCUAACAGUGGCCGUGACGCUCAACUGUCCUACCUACCAACCUACCUACCCACCUACGUUGUCCUCCCAGGUUGAUGCUCAGCUCCAAACCCAACUUGUGAAACCCAACGAGAAUCCAUGAACUGCGGCAGACCCCAACUGUACAUAUCAUGCACUCUUGUCUGAGCGAGCAAUCUCAAUGGACCUCACUGACACAGUCUGUCUUGUUUGAUUAUUGACGAUUUACCUAUGUAUCUAUCUAUUUAUGUAUGUAUCUCUUUAUUUAAAGUUCAAUCCAAAUAAAAGCAUGAUUAUGGU